UGUCUGCCAUCAAUUCAGCAACAAGUGUUGCAUUUUCAAUCAUUUUCUAUUAGUGUUAAAAUCACCUGUUGUUUUGCUUGGUAGCGGGAUUAAAUUCAAUCUUCUUCAAAGUACUCUGCCUCACUUAGUUGCUCAUUUUCUUUGCCAUUCUUUUGCAAGUGUGGAAAUAUCUGCAGACAAUGGAGGCUUUUAAUUACAGCGCACAAUUAAAUCCAUCUUCGUUUACAGCCAAGCAAGAAUGAGAUUGCUGCUGCCAAGCUCGUGUAUCUGUGAGGUGUGAACGCGGACACAAUAGCAGUGAAGGUGGGUGGGUGGGUGUGGAUUUCGCAAGGAUUUGAGGGAGAGAGGACAAGUGGGUCCCUUCUCUCUCUUUCUCUCCCAUCCUCUGUCACUCUCACUAAGCGCUGAGUGAGGAGCACCAUUUCCUCCCCACAUCUCUGUGGGCUCCUGUGCAGGCUGCAAGAGGAACACAACAACUAAAGGGGUUCAGAUCUGCAAGAAAAAGAGGGACAACAAAAAGCUUGUAAAAGAAGAAAAAAAAUUAACCUGGUCCAUUGAGGAGAUUUUUUAAAAAAACUGGUUUUCCUGUAGAGAUAUGGAUACCUUCAUGGAUGAGGAUUUCAGAGUGACAAGUAACAUUAGCCAAGCAACAGCAAGACUGGAUGAGCACAAAGGUCAAGCACUCAACCAAAGUGACCCACUGGACAUGUUUGUGGGCAUGGAACUUCUUCUGAGAUUCAAACCUCUCUUCCUACCCCUCUACUGCCUGGUAGUGGUUGUGGCUGGUGUUGGAAACUCAUUCCUGCUGGCGUGUAUCAUGGCUGACAAGAAGCUCCACAAUGCCACCAACUUCUUCAUUGGUAAUCUAGCCGCCGGGGACCUGCUGAUGUGUUUGAGCUGCGUUCCACUGACUGCCUCCUACGCCUUUGACAGCCACGGUUGGGCAUUUGGACAAUCUCUCUGCCACUUGGUGCCCUUGUUGCAAUGUGCCACAGUCUUUGCUUCCGCACUUUCUCUCACUGCUAUUGCUGUGGAUCGCUACAUCGUUGUUGCUCACCCAGUACGGAGGAGGAUCUCGGUGUGGAGCUGUGGCGCAGUGACUUUGGGCGUUUGGCUGUUAUCGUUGACUUUGGCAGCACCGCCAUCUUUCUACACUAGCUAUGUUGACCUUCGGCCCAGCGGCGUCAACCUGGUGGUGUGUGAGGAGUUCUGGCCCAACAAUGGCAACCUGCGGUUGCUCUACUCAUGCUUCAUUCUGAGCACGUCCUACAUGAUCCCAUUGCUCUCCGUCAGCAUGUCAUACUGUGCCAUCACUGUCAGCUUAAGACGCUACUCCGUUCCUGGAGAGCAAUCCAUCAGUCAACAACGAUGGAGCAAAAGGCGAAGGAAGACCUUCUCUCUGCUGGUGGCCUCCGUGUUGGCCUUUGCCCUGUGCUGGUUGCCUCUUCAGGUGCUGAAUCUGAUGCUGGAUCUGGACCCAGAGUUCCUCAUAAUAGGGAAACGCUACAUCAAUCUCUUACAAGUUUGCUGUCAUCUUCUGGCCAUGAGCUCUUCAUGUUACAAUCCCUUCAUCUACGCCUCACUGCACAGCAAGGUGCGCAUGCAUCUGAAAGGCUACCUCUGUCCCUGCCGCAACCGCAAGAGCGGAAUGGUGGAAAGACCCACGUCCAGGAGCUGAUGUUCUGAGAGACACGCAGAGUCUGCCUUUCCCCACGAGCUGACAUUUGAAUCCAAAUGUUAGAGUUUGAGGUUUAAAAAAACGAAUGCAAAACUAAUUUUCCAAAUGAGUUUGAUUCAUGCUUUUGAGUAUUAGGUGUUGUGAAGACAUUUCAUCAUCUCUUGUGCCUCACCAAUCCAAGAGCUACACAGUUCACUGCAACAAAACAAAACAGAUUAAGACUCUAAUGAUAUGAUUAAGUGAUGUUACAAUUUUCUUUUGUUUAGAUCCUUGUGUUGUUUUUGGAGAGUGGGACUGCAGGCACUGACAUUAAGGAAACUCUCGUGCUUAAAGAAAAAAAAGCAAAGUUGCAUAAACCACUCCUGGGGCCUAAUUGCUGCAGACAAAAUACAAGCUGGAGACUGAAACCAGGUGAUGGCACGAGGGUUAAAAAAAGCAGAUUAUUCAUGCAGUAAACACUUAACUGACAGAGCAAUUAUUUUCUCUUACCGUAUAUAGAUAAAAAGGACAAGAGGAGGGAGUGUGCAAAAGGACACUUAAUUAUUUUACUAUACCUCUAGUUAAGUGUUUUUCAGUUUCAUUUUUGAUAUCUGCAGCUCAUAAGUAAUCACUUACAUUUUAAUGAUGUAGAAAUGCAACCGGACCCAUUAUGUUUUUGUUGGUAUGGUAUCGUGGUGUGAGUUAUUUUCCUCUGAAAUUUUCAGGACAGGGGCCAAAAAAACCUUGACAUGCAGCAAUCCUGUUGCCAGAAUGAACAAAUGUAAUCAGUGCCAAACACAUGAAGGCUGCUGCCUCACAUGCACAGCUCUAUGUAUCUGUUUAGAAAAUGGAAAAGACUCCUCUCAUCAUACUGUUGAAAUAGGAACGCUUAUUAAUGCAAACCAAAAAAAUAAAUAAAAGUUUCAUCCACAGAAAGAGCAAUGCUUACUUUGUCAUUCAGUUUCAAAUCAUGCUUGUUGUGAAGAAAAAAAACUUCAUUUGUACUGUUGUUAACCUUCAGUGUUCAACAAAAUGUUACCGUACUGCUUGGUGCCUGACGACUGGUUUGUUUCAUUUUAUUUCUCCGUGUGAACCUUAAAACUGAUCCAGCAGUUGUCAAAUUGAAUUUGAUUUAUGUGUUCUUUGCUCAGUCCUUGAGGUUUGAUUUUUAGAGGAGGGAAGAUUUGUUUAAAACUUCAGUUUUCUUAUCUUUGUCUGAAAAGAACAGUGACAAAGAAGGAUUUCCAGCCUUCUCGAUCAUAACUCUCAUCUGAUUAGAUUAGCAAUUCAAGGCAGUCUAUAAAACAAAGAAACAACAUAGAGAAGAGCAAAGUAAUGACUGUGAUAGCAGUAAAAUUACUCAACUUUUGGCUCAAACAUAUAAGGGUGUGGAAGAGAUACACAACCAUAUUAGGACUGCUGGUGCUGGUGAGGUUCAUGAGGACGAUGCCAUUUGUCUAUGAUCAAAAUAUCACAGCAGAAGUGCUAUUUGGGAGUGGCCAUUGUCACUGUUUGGAAAAAAAAAA